AUGGCUGUGUUUACCACGGAUACCGCGACACCUGAAAGCUACUUAUUCAACUUAGCUUCUACUCACAACCUUUUCCAAAUCAACAAGAUCUGCAAUCGCAGAGGUGUCUACCUGGACCUCAUAUUUUCCUCUACCCCUGCGACUGUAGUUAUCCGCGCUGACGACCUUCUUGUUGCCGAAGAAACUCAUCACCCCGCGCUCUCCUGCUCAAUCCUGCUGCAGAAAUCCUCAGCUUCGAGUAACGUCAGGAUUGUACCAGACUUUAUAAAAUGCAACUUGGACCCUAUAUUUCUUACUCUGCAGAGUGUUAACCAUCCUUCUCCUUCCUCUAUACCUGAUCGGAAGAAGACCGCCCAUCGACUGCUUAAAACCUCAGGGAAUCUUCAUCAUUGUGAACGCUUUCGCAAUUUGAGAAGCCAGUGCAAAGCUUUGGCCACCAAGUGUCAUCGAGACUAUCUAAACAGAAUUGAAGACAGUAUUCCUCAUAACAUAAAAUCCUUUUGGUCUCACGUCAACAGACUUAAGAGCAGCCCCUCCCCUGCUGCCAAACUAUCAUUUGACGGAGGAGAGGCUGAGAGUUCUGCUGGAAAGUGUGAAUUGUUCUCAAACAAUUUUUCCUCUGUUUUCACGAAGAACGAAGUUCCCUCACCAAUCUUCGACUUUAGCUGGAACUUCUCCAUCACAAAAUGUGUCAUCACUGCCUCGGACGUUCAACUCAAACUUGCUUCGCUUGACCCUAAUAAGGGAGCUGGUCCUGAUGCUAUUCCUCCAUACGUUCUGAAAUACUGUGCCCCUGUUUUGGCUCCUCAUCUGGCUAUCUGGUUUUCCUCCCUGCUCUCACUUGGAAUCUUCCCAUCGGCCCUCAAGCGUGGCUUUGUCGUUCCCAUUUUCAAAUCUGGCGAUUGCUCAAACGUCAAAAACUAUCUGCCCAUUAUCAUUCUCUCUGCUGUUACCAAGGUGUACGAGAGCAUUGUUCUGGACUACCUUUAUUUUCAUCUCCGGAAAUGUAUCUCUUCCUCUCAAAAUGGCUUCCUGCGCUCACUUUCAACAGUAAAUAACCUUAUGGAAUUUCAAGAAUACGUCAUGGCUGCUUCUGGCAAUGCUCACCAAGUUGACUGCGUCUACCUUGAUCUCUCCAAGGCUUUCGACAAGGUUAAUCACAACAUUCGUGUAGCCAAGCUUGCCGGAUAUGGUGUGGGGGCCCCCUGCUUGAGUGGUUAA